GACUUCCUGUCCGCAACAUCUCCGAAGCGCGACAGCCGAAAUCUUGAGUUCGCUAACCCGGCAUCGGCGCUGCCCGCUUUGCAGGCAGAAGUCAUGGAUUUAGAUGCUGAGAGAGAAAAAAUAACAAAGGAGAUCAAGGAGCUAGAAAGAAUUUUGGAUCCCAACUUCUCAAGUAUCAGCGUGGAGCUGUCUGAAUCAAGUCUAGAUUCAGAUUCUGAUGCAGACGUGCUGCUCGACGAGGACUACAACACUGCUGGCCCUCCAGUCUUGGAAGAAGAAAGGUGGGAGGAAGCCAGCAAUGAUGAUGAUGAUGCCAAGGAGAAGGCCCUUUCUGAAGACCCAGAGACAUGCCUGCAACUGAACAUGGUCUACCAGGAGGUCAUCCAAGAGAAGCUGGCCGAGGUCAGCCUGCUAUUGGCCCAGAACCGGGAGCAGCAGGAGGAAAUCAUGUGGGACCUGGCCGGGUCCAAAGGCUCCAAAGUGAAGGAUGGCAAGAGCCUGCCCCCAAACAUGUACGUCGGGCAUUUCAUGAAGCCCUACUUCAAGGACAAGGUCACUGGAGUGGGGCCACCGGCCAACGAAGACACACGAGAGAAGGCUGCUCAGGGCAUCAAAGCCUUUGAAGAGCUCCUAGUGACCAAGUGGAAGAACUGGGAAAAAGCCUUGCUUAGAAAGUCAGUGGUUAGUGACCGCCUACAACGCUUACUUCAGCCCAAGCUACUAAAGCUUGAGUACUUACGUCAGAAACAGAGCAGAGUUACCAGUGAGGUGGAGAAGCAGAUCUUAGAGAAGCAGACUGGGGAGACUGAGAAGGAGGUCCAGGAUAUCAACGAGCUCUCUGAGGAAGCCUUGCUGGGGAGCAGGCUGGACAACCAUGACUGGGAGAAGAUUUCUAAUAUAAAUUUUGAAGGGGACCGCAGCGCCAAGGAGCUUCAGAAGUUCUGGCAGAACUAUGAACAUCCCAGCAUCAAUAAGGAGGAGUGGAGUAGGCAGGAGGUGGACCAGCUGAAGGCCAUUGCAGCCAAGCAUGGCCACCUGGAGUGGCAGAAGAUCGCUGAAGAACUGGGGACCAGCCGCAGUGCCUUCCAGUGCCUGCAGAAAUACCAGCAACACAACAAAGCUCUGAAGCGCAAGGAAUGGACAGAGGAGGAGGACCGCAUACUCACCCAGCUGGUCCAGGAGAUGCGUGUGGGCGACCACAUCCCCUACCGCAAAAUUGCCUACUACAUGGAAGGGAGGGACUCAGUGCAACUCAUCUACCGGUGGACCAAGAGUUUGGAUCCAAACCUUAAAAAGGGAUACUGGGCCCCAGAGGAAGAUGCGAAGUUGCUUAAAGCAGUUGCCAAAUACGGGGAGCAGGAUUGGUUUAAAAUCCGGGAAGAGGUGCCAGGCAGGAGUGAUGCCCAAUGCCGAGAUCGAUACCUCAGAAGGUUACAUUUCAGCUUGAAAAAGGGACGCUGGAAUUCAAAAGAAGAGGAAAAGCUAAUUGAAUUAAUAGAGAAGUAUGGUGUUGGUCACUGGACAAAAAUAGCUUCUGAACUGCCCCACCGGACGGGCUCCCAGUGUCUGAGCAAGUGGAAGAUCAUGCUCAGGCAGAGGCAGAGUCGGGGAAGGAGGCGGCAGCGGCGACCACUGCGCCGCCUUCAGUGGAGCUCCAGCAGCGAGGACAGCAGCAGCAGUGGCCGCAGUGAGGACUCCGAGUCUGAGGAAGCCCCAGAGACCCAGGAAGAUGUCCGGGCACUACCAUCAAUACAGCACACUGUCCCAGACAUGAACCUGUGGGUACCCGCCAGGCAGAGUGCCACCGGGCUGUGGAGAAGAGAAGCUGGGGGCCGGCCCAGAUGCUCCUCUGCCUCCCCCAGACCUCCAAAGGACUCAAGUGCAGCCCAGAAUAGCAUCAGGAAAGCUGGCAUCACAGCCUUGGCUCCCACAGAGGAGAUGGGCCAGGCGCAGGCCCCCUUCAGCACCCAUAGUGCCAGGCCCAGCGGAGUCAGUGCCCCACAUUCAACAGACACUCAACCUGUAACUUCAGAGAGGCCAGCAGAGGAGAGGGAGAGGCAGCUUGUGAAGGUGCCCCAGAAGGCCGUGCUGCAGGUGCUCAAGACCAACACAGCUGCCCAGCGCCGGGCACAGCAGAAGCUGAAGCGGCCACACUCACCUUGCUCAGCUAUGGAGGCCUGCCCUGCGGGCAGCAGCACAGCCAGGCUCCAUGGGCAGCAGCGGAGGGGACACAGCCUGCAGAGGAGGCUCCUGGGUCGACAGCUUCUGAUGGCUGUGAGCCCGUGGAUAGGUGACGUCGUCCUGCCCUGUUCUGCCCAGAGGCCCGCCAGCACACACACUCGAGCUGAUGAAAUCAGGAAGCAGCUGCAGGAUGCCCGCCUGACCAGCACGCCAGUGUUCACCCUCUUCAUUCAGCUGUUCCAGAUCGACACUGCUGGCUGCAUGGAAGUUGUUCGAGAGAGGAAGGCACCACCACCACCACCACCACCACCACCACCACCACCACCUUCAAAGGUGCCCUCAAGUGCCCAGGACACCCCAGACUGCCUCUUCCUGAAUGUGUCAUCCCACCAAGCUGCAGAGAAAAGCACCCAUCCCAAAGGGACUGGGGGAGGCCUGAAGGCCUGCCAGGCCAUGCCCACAACGCAGGCACCCCGGCCCAAGACCGUGUCUGAGCUGCUUAGAGAAAAGCGGCUACGAGAGGCCCGUGCUAAGAAGGCCACCCAGAACCCCAUAGUGCUCCCAUCCUCCCUGCUGGUGUCCUCACCUGUGAUCCUUCAGCCCUCUCACCCACUGGCCCCCCAAGUGCCUCUGGGCACGGUACUCUCUGGAUUGAGGGCCCCUGCAAGUACCAGUGUAAGUACUUCAGACCCCAGUGACUCAGUUGAUAAGAGACCUCCUGCCCUGAAAGCUUUGGCCAUUGCCCCUUCCCCCACAGGAACUGUGAAAGCCCCAGUUUCGAGUCUUGGGGGUGUAGCCCCUACUGCUUCUAGGGCCCCUGCUCAGGGCCCCAACUGGGUCCCUGUGAACUGCCGUCUGGGCAAUCUUGGUCAGUCUCAGGCCCCUGCCACAUGCCGGAAGCAGGGCCUGCCCGAGGUGCCACUCUUCCUCCCUGCAGCCCCCAGCCCUGCUCAGCCGCCUGUCCAACCCGUUACCCUGAUGCCAGUUCUGGACACACAAAAGGCUGUGCCCCACACUGUAGCCAGCACCUCCGUACCCGUCACGUGGGUACUCACAACCCAGGGUCUGCUGCCUGUGCCAGCUAUGGUAAGCCUUACUGAGCCAGCAGGGACCUCUGACCCCCAAGGGCUAUUGGUCACUCUGCCACCCUCCCUGAAUAAGACUCAGGCAGACCAGGGUCCCCAACUCACUGGACUGAGCCAUUCCGAUCAGCCUCCAGCCAACACAGACGUGGAAUUGAACCUUAUCUCCAGGACAGGACACUCCGCCCUCCCAGCUUUCCUCUCAGCUCAGAGCUCUGCAGAAGUGGACACUGAUACAGCCCAAGCCCCCACUGGGAAGACAACUGCACCCAAGACAUCUCCACAGGUUGUGCUCCUGGCAGACCACCCUGAAGCAGAAUCCUCCUACUCUAACCAGCUGCCACCACAUGGUGUCAGUGACCCAGGAGUAUCAUCCAGUGAACCCAGGGGGCCUCUGGGCCCAGAGAGACCACCCUUACCCCAACCUGGACCUGGUAAGGGGGCACUGGAUCUGGGCCUCCUCUCCCAGGAAAGUGAGACAACUAUACGGGAGUGGCUGAGGGGCCAGCGAGGGGUGUAUGUGCCCCCACUGGGGACCAGGCUACCCUACCAGCCCCCAACUCUGUGCAGCCUGCGGGCACUGUCUGGCCUUCUGCUCCACAAGAGAGCCUUGGAGCACAGGGCCACCUCCCUGGUGCCCAGUGGGACAGUGCCAGCCCUGCAGAUGGUGCUGGAACAGGUACGUAGGCAAGUCCAGGACAGUCCGGCUUACUUGCUACUGAAGGCACGCUUCCUGGCAGCCUUCACCCUCCCUGCACUCCUGGCCACCCUCCCCCCACACGGGGUUCCCACCACCUUGUCAGCAGCUGCCGGGACUGACUCUGGGAGCGAGGACUACGAGGACCUGGAGGAGCUGGAUCCCUCUGCUGGUGUCACGCAGCGGGGCCCUGCAGAGAUUGUUGUAGAUGCUGAUGAGACUUCUGCCCCCUCCUGGAACAGUUCUGAUGACCUUGAUGCACCAAGGACCCGGCUGGCCUUGAAGCGGAGGAGACUCUUAUGAGCAGCAGCAGGGUGUGUGGGGUGGGAGUGGGCACCUCUGGGACCAGGAAGAGAUGGUCUUUCCCUCUGCAUUAUCAGACCUGUGAGCCAGGCUGCUUGCCUCUUGACCUCAGUGCUUUUUACCUGUGGGCUAGACUGGCCAUGGCAGGUAGGCUGCUCCCAGGAACUCACUUCAGGAGGUGUUGUGGUGUAGCUGGCUGGGAAGGCUGAGGGCUUCCCCCACGGGCACCCUCUCCAGUCCCCCUUCUAACCACUGGGCUCUCACACUUGGGCUCAGCAUCUCCUUCCUGUGUGUCCACUUAUGCCUCUACUCAGAGGUACCAUCCCAGUGUCCCUCUACCUGUCGGGGAUGAGGUGGGCUGAGUGCCCCUCAGACACAGGCUGUGUAUUUGUUCUUUGUCAUCUUCCCUCCAUGAAGUUGAGACCACAAGGACAAGUAGUCGGCUUCUCACAGCUGGUCCCCUGUCCAAAUCAGUCCAUGAAGCCGCGGGCCAGAUAGAACGUGAACACCGAGUCAGCAGGACCUCAGGCAGAAGCAGCUCUUCUGGGCACAGUGUGGGCUGCAAGCUGAGAGGUUCUGGACCUGGCAAGGCAGAGGGAAAGCGGGGGCCACAGUUCUGUCCCCCAUCUGUGGGGUGCAGCUGCAGCCAGGGCUCACCAUCAGGGUGUUCUUGUGUUAUAGGGCAGCCUGAACCACGACACCACUGAUGAUGUUGAUAGGAAUUAAGGCCCCACUGGGCCUAGCCCAGGAGUCUACCACUCACUUUGCAAGAGAAGAGAACAGCUAGACAACAGUGAUUGUACUGUCACCGGGCUUAGCUGCUACCCAUGGGUAGAUCAGAACAUUGAAAGAAUAAAUUAAAUGUCUUAUUUUUCCAAUAGAAAAGCUAA